AUGUCGCAUAACAGCAGGAGGGAUUUUCUUACCCAGCCGGCGCCAGAAAACUAUGUCGCCGGUCUUGGUCGAGGUGCCACCGGGUUUACGACACGGUCGGAUCUGGGACCGGCGCGCGAAGGCCCAACCCCAGAACAGAUCCAGGAAGCCUUAGCAAAGAGGGCCCAGCAACUCGGCGCUGCUCCGCCUACAGCAUAUAACGCAGGACGCGAAAAGGGUGGCAAAGGCAAGGACCAAGAGGAAGAGGAGGACGAGGAGCGAUUCCAGGACCCAGACAACGAAGUCGGCCUUUUCGCAUACGGCCAAUAUGACAGGGAGGAUGACGAGGCGGAUCGCAUAUACCAAGAGGUAGAUGAAAGGAUGGACAGAAGGCGGAAAUCAAGAAGGUUAGUUCUCCCCCAUCGUUACCUUGUCCCUUCUCCGUUAUUUUCUUGGAGAUCGUUUGGUAUCAAGUUUUUAUAUCCGUAUUAUGAACAGAAUGCCGACUUGAUAUUCGCUACUUGCAGGGAAGCCCGAGAACGAGAAGAACAAGACGAAUACGAGAGAAACAACCCCAAAAUUCAACAGCAAUUUGCGGAUCUCAAACGUUCCCUAGCAGCUGUUUCAGACGACGACUGGGCCAACAUCCCAGAGGUUGGAGAUCUCACGGGAAAGAACCGACGUGCCAAGCAAAAUCUACGCCAACGAUUCUAUGCUGUCCCUGAUAGCGUUAUUGCGAGUGCCAGGGACUCGACGCAGUUCGAGACCACUUUGGCCGAUGAUGGUGCCCAAACCGAGACGCCAGACGGUGCCAACGCGGAUGGAAGCUUGACAAAUUUCGCCGACAUUGGUGCCGCUCGAGAUAAAGUACUCCAAGUACGCCUGGACCAAGCGGCACUUGGCUCUUCUGGCGAUGCAUCAUCCGGCAGUGCGACCAAUAUCGAUCCAAAAGGGUAUCUGACAAGUUUGACGAAAUCAGAGUUGCAGGCCGGUGAAGUUGAGAUUGGUGACAUCAAGCGUGUACGAGUUCUACUGGAGUCUGUAACUCGUACUAACCCUAAACAUGCCCCCGGCUGGAUUGCUAUCGCUCGUCUGGAAGAGCUGGCGGGAAAAAUCGUCGCUGCAAGAAAUUACAUUGCAAAGGGUUGUGAAUUGUGCCCUAAGAGUGAAGAUGCCUGGCUGGAAAAUAUCCGUCUCAACAACAAUCAUAAUGGGAAAAUUAUCGCAGCCAACGCGAUCAAGCAUAACGAUCACUCCACCAGACUCUGGAUUGAAGCCAUGAAGCUUGAAUCUGACGUCCGAGCAAAAAAGAACGUUCUAAGGCAAGCUCUUCUUCACAUCCCUCAGUCAGUAGCUAUCUGGAAGGAGGCCGUGAAUCUUGAAGAAGACCCUGCCGAUGCACGACUUUUGCUGGCAAAAGCAACCGAAAUGAUACCGCUAUCUGUCGAGCUCUGGCUUGCUCUAGCUCGACUAGAAACACCCGAAAACGCACAAAAAGUGUUGAACGCAGCCCGCAAAGCUGUGCCGACGAGCCAUGAGAUUUGGAUUGCAGCUGCUCGGUUGCAAGAACAAAUGGGCACAGCAGCCAAGGUCAACGUCAUGAAACGAGCUGUCCAGGCGCUGGCUCGUGAGAAUGCCAUGCCAAAACGAGAGGAUUGGAUAACAGAGGCAGAGCGUUGUGAGGAAGAAGGGGCCGUUUUAACAUGCGGCGCAAUCGUCCGAGAAACUCUCGGCUGGGAGCUUGACGAGGACGAUGACCGAAAAGAUAUAUGGAUAGAAGAUGCCAAGGCAAGCAUAGCUCGCGGUAAAUAUGAAACUGCACGAGCAAUUUACAGCUAUGCCUUGCGUGUGUUCACGAUCAGCAAAACGCUCUGGCUUGCAGCUGCUGACUUGGAGCGAAACCAUGGCACCAAAGAGGCCUUAUGGCAAGUUCUUGAAAAGGCUGUUGAAGCAUGUCCUUCCAACGAGGUUCUUUGGAUGCAACUUGCCAAGGAGAAAUGGCAAGCUGGAGAAAUUGAUAGUGCCCGACUAGUGUUGAAGCGAGCCUUUGCCCGGAACCCCAACAACGAAGAUAUUUGGCUGGCAGCCGUGAAAUUGGAAACCGACGCAAAAGAAACCGAGCACGCCAGAGAGCUCUUAAGCACUGCUCGCCGCGAAGCCGGCACAGACCGUGUGUGGAUCAAGAGCGUCGCCUUUGAGCGCCAGUUAGGAAACAUGGACGAAGCGCUGGAUUUGGUCAACCAGGGCCUACAGCUCUAUCCCAAGGCCGACAAGCUGUGGAUGAUGAAGGGGCAAAUAUACGAGUCACAGAAGAAAUAUCCUCAGGCGCGAGAAGCUUAUGGCACUGGCACGCGAGCUUGCCCUCAGUCUGUACCACUGUGGCUUCUAGCGUCUCGUCUUGAAGAAAAAGCCGGCGUGGUAGUCAGGGCACGCUCGAUUCUCGAUAAAGCUCGACUGGCCGUGCCCCGCAACGCGGAACUAUGGACAGAAAGUGUCCGCGUUGAACGACGUGCCAAUAACAUGAACCAGGCCAAAAUCCUUAUGGCCAAAGCACAGCAAGAGGCGCCACAGUCCGGGCUGUUAUGGGCCGAGAGCAUCUGGUUCCUCGAACCUCGAACUCACAGGAAGCCACGCAGUUUGGAGGCCAUCAAGAAGGUUGACAACGACCCGAUCCUCUUUUUCACAGUUGCACGUAUUUUCUGGGACGAGCGUCGUCUGGAAAAGGCCGUGACAUGGUUCGAAAAGGCUAUAUUAGCAGAUAGUGAUUUCGGAGACGCUUGGGCUUGGUACUACAAGUUCCUGACGCAGCACGGCACAGAGGAGAAACGACGUGACGUUGUAUCCAAGUGCGUUGUGAGCGAGCCUAAACACGGCGAGGUAUGGCAAUCAGUCGCAAAGGACCCAGUGAAUUUCAAUAAAACGAUAGAAGAGAUUUUGCUAUUGGUUGCGGAACAACUGCGUUAA